CUUAGCUCACCGUGUUUUAGUAAAAGUGCUAAAAUCCACCUUUACAACAUGCAUUGGUUCAUGCUGUCCUGGUAAAAAAAAAACUAACUAAACAUGUUAGGUAACUAUUUUAAAUGGCGACGUUCAAACCGAGGAGGGCAGCAACACGCCAUUACUGCGCCAAGUCUGCCUAACAAACGAAGAAGAAACAGAAAGAGACGUCUUCUUCGUUGAUAGUGAAAGGUGCAUUAAAUAUGUGGUAAACAGCACUGGGGCUUUGAGAAAUUACAAACAUAACACGGGCCCGUUUGCUGUUUUAUCAGAAAUAUUUCUGCGGCUUACAUAAAUUCAGAGCAAGACGUUGCUGUGUGAAAGUCACUCAGCUAUUCUCUGGAUCUUACUCCUGUUUUGUAUUUGAGCUCUGAAUGGGAGUUUGCACAACUUCAAGACAAAAACUCUUCAUAACUUCUUCGCUUUUCUAUGUGAAUGUUUAUCAGGUCGCGUCAUCCCCGCUCAUACACAUGAGUGCUAUUUUCUCCUUGAGCUGGGCCAAGCGCCAUGCCUGACCGGGACAGUUCCUACCUGUCAGGUGGUGGUGGGAGUGGUGGUAGUCUGGGUGAGGAAGGAGGACCUGGUUCUGGUUUGGCAGGGGGCUCGUUAGAAGGCAGAGGGGGUUCAGGAGGAACUGUUGGUGGCAACGUCUCUGGCUCUGGGGGAAUGGGGGCAGGAGAGGCACUUGGGAAGGGCAAUAGUUGUGGGAAUAGUGGGUGUGGGGGACAAGGUGCAGGACUGGCAUUGGAUGGUGUCUGCAGAGACUUCAUACGCAAUGUCUGCAAAAGAGGGAAGCGCUGCCGUUUCAGACACCCAGACUUCAAUGAGGUGCCUGAUUUGGGAGUGCAAAAGAAUGAGUUCAUCUUUUGUCAUGACUAUCAGAAUAAAGAGUGUAUGCGCUCCAACUGCCGCUUUGUCCACGGAUCUAAAGAGGAUGAGGACUAUUACAAGAAAACAGGAGAGCUACCCCUCAGAUUAAGAGGGAAAGUUGCAGCACGACUGGGCCUUUCCCCCAUGGAUCUCCCCCGCAGCCGUGGGGAGGUCCCUAUUUGUAGAGACUUCUUGACAGGAGAGUGCCAGAGGGGCAACAAAUGUAAAUUCCGCCAUGUCAAAAAAGACUAUGAAUAUGAAACUUCCAGGGUUGGAGUGGGUGGUGUAAUGGGGGCAGGUGCCGGUGGAAUGGUGAAUGCUGGGGGAGGGAUAGGUGGUGGAGGAGGAGGUGCCUGUGGAGGAAUACAGGGACUUGUUGGAGGUGGGAAUAAUAUGAUUGGGAUGGGCUGCCCCAGCUUGGGUGGUUGCAGGGAUACAGGUAUCACAGGAGUCGGGGGAGUAGGUGGAGGUGGGAUGAGUGGUUGUCUGUCUAUAAAUUCUUCUGGACAGCGACGUUAUGACAGAACCUCAUGCUCAGUUUAUGACCCUCUGCUUGAGAGUGGGCUGUUUGAUGCUGGUUCCCUGGAGGCUUCUAUGGACCAUACUGCUCUACAGCUGAAGAGGCGGCGAUUGGAGGGGCUGCGCCUUGUAGAUGGGACUGCUGGUGGUCACUAUGAGCUGGGAGUUCAAGCCACAUUGCCACCACGUCCUUUGGAGUACAGGUUCCUGGAGGAAGAAAACUCCCUGCUGAGGAAAAGAGUGGAAGAGCUGAAGAAGCAGGUUUCAAAUCUCAUCGCCACAAAUGAGGUUCUUCUGGAGCAGAAUGCCCAGUUCCGGAGCCAGGCUAAGGUGAUGACUCCUGCGCCCACUGAGCAGAGUCUGGCACCCCCUGUGGGUGCAGUAAGUUCCUAUAAUCAUAGCAUCGCCCAGACUCACACCACCCUGAGCAGUGCAGGACUGCAGCCUCGGCCUGUCACCCAGCAAGACCUGGUAGCUCCCACUGGUGCCCCUGCAGCGCCACCAACUAAUGCUGCUCCACCUACAGCUCCUCCGCCCCAUCUCAACCCUGAGAUCACCCCCCUCUCAGCUGCCCUUGCACAGACCAUUGCACAGGGGAUGGCACCCCCUGUUUCUAUGGCACAGGUGGCUGCAUCUGUGGCACCAGUGGCAGUAUCCAUGACACAGCCUUUGCCUGGCAUCACCAUGAGUCAUGCCACCACCCCGAUGGUGUCGUACCCCAUUGCCAGUCAAAGCAUGAGGAUCACCUCUCUGCCUCACUAAAGGAUUCAUAGACAGAACUGUGGCACCAUCCAUGGGGAUUUUUAAUUUAGAUGGUCUCUAAUGUGUUUAAGACUGAGCUGAACAGAUGUAACACCCUUGUGCUUCUCCACCAGAGGGCAGGAUCAGGACUUCUCUGUUCAGCCUACUUCAUAUCACUGUUGCUGUGGCAGCAUUACAAAUACAGACAGACUGACCUGUGAACUCUGGCAAAGAUCUAUGUACCAAAGGGAUUUUUUUUCAAAUUACAGGCACCAAAACAGAACAACAAAACUGAAAAUAGGAACACCAUCUAUAAUGUUUGAACCAGUUCUGCAAGACUUGUUGUCUCAUUCCGGGACUUGACUUUGGGGGCAGUUUGUGUUUCUAUUUUUGUGGAUAGUUCUGGUGUAAAUGAACUUUGGUACUUUGCACAUAAAAAAAGAAUAACCACUCAACUC